AAAAUGUCUGCCGGAAAAAGAACAUGUGAAAGGUAUGAAAGGGUUGAGGAGGAGAACCUUGUGAAAGGUGUGAAAGACCUUACUCCCUAUGUGUUGAAAACGUCUAUAGCUGCUGCUGCAACGAGUGGUCUCAUCUUUGGCUAUGAUAUUGGGAUUUUAGGUGUCGUGACUUCCAUGGAUUCGUUUCUGUUGAAGUUCUUCCCUUCUGUGUGUGGGAAGAAGAAUUUGGACAAAUUCACAAACAACUACGACAGUCUUAUGCUGACAAUGUUCACCUUGUCAUUGUACCUAGCGGCGCUUUUGUCUUCCCUAGGAGCGCCCACUGUCACCCGUCGCGUUGGUCGUAUAUGCUCCACCACUUUAGGAGGCUUCCUCCUUUACAUUGGUGCUAUGCUCAGUGGUUUCGCCGAAUACGUUUGGAUGUUGAUUCUCGGUCGAAUCGUGCUCGGCAUUGGUUUUGGAUUUGUCAAUCAGUCAAUGCCAAUGUAUCUCUCUGAGAUGGCUCCCUACAAAUACAGAGGAGCACUAAACAUCGGGUUCCAAUUUGCUAUGACAAUCGGUAUUUUUUUGACGAAUUGGUUCACCUACGUCUUUGCCGAAAUCAAAACGGUUCCCGAAUGGAGGAUGUGCUUGGGUGCUAUGUGGAUGCCAGCUCUCGUAGUCAUGAUGGGAUCAUUCUACGUAACUGACACUCUAGAUUAUCUGAAUUUUCUGGUUGUGUUAGGCGAACGGGACAAGACCAAGGGCCAGCUGAAGAUAAUGUUCAGGGGGGAAAACAUAUUCUUAGAGUUAAAUGACCUUGAGUUCUUAGAGUUAAAUGACCUUGAGUUCAAAGGACCAGAGUUUAAUGGCCCCGUGGCAGCUAGUGACGAGUCCCAACUCUCCAUGGCCACGCUCAUCCCCAAAAAGUUCCAGCAGUUUAUCGACAUCAAUGUGAUCAUGUUUUACGCACCUGUGUUGUUUUGCUUUAUCGGGUAUAAAGACAACAGGUCAGCUGUGAUCAUUGGACUUUUUAAUGUGUUUGCGAACCUUGUCUCCAUUAAUGGGGUUGAUAAGUGGGGUAGGAGAGCCCUCUUCCUUGAAGGUGGGAUCCAAAUAUUGAUAUGUCAGGCUGUGGUUGCAAUUGCUAUUGCUCUCAAAUUUGGAAUUGACUGAAACCCUGACGGUGGUGCAUGAUCAGAUGUUAUAGGCUCUCCAUGCCUUCCCAAUAAGGCAUCGAAGAGGUCUUUCCACAUUAAAAUCUUUGUGUAAUUUUUAGUUACUACGAUCAUUCGUUUAUUAUUGCUUCCCACGGAUUGUUUCAAGUUGAGGAGAUUAUUAUCCAUUUAUU